GGGCACCAUGACACAGCACAACAUUCAGGACACGAUGACGGGGGACUGUGACACGCCUCAACAUAUAUGAUAUAUUUAUGUGUGUGUGUUUUGAAUUUAUUCUACAUUUUUACGUACAUGUGUUUGUUGUUGAAAUGAUAGCGGUCUAACAGUGUGUAGAAAAGUUCAGUUCAGUUUCACCACGUCCUGUGGCAUAUUCAGCUUCCCUAGCUUACAGCUGACACACAGGAUCACCACUCUGUCGCUGUAACAGAUGAGUGUGAGUGGUCAGGCCGACGUGAUUCAUACACACACAAGCUUGCUGGAAUUGAGCAAUAGACCGAGUCGCUGGGCGAUGGAACACUGUUCACAAACAUCGCAGAUGUACAACGCAAUAACAUGCUCGAGCAUUCUGAUUGGAUGAAAAAUAGAAGCCCCAUGAUGACUGGCGAUACGCAUUUGUCGCACGUUGUUUGAAUGACUGAUACAUGCUAGCCUUCCGUCCUUGAAUGUAUAACGACCAGAAGUCGUUACAGGAAACUGACACUUAUCAUGUGUAUGAAUACAGCUGGAGGAAUACUAGAAGGAAGUCGAUGGGCCCAACGAUAGAUAUCUUCCCCCAAAAGAGGUGUAAGCAACAGUGAGAUCAGAUCCAUCAGAACGUGAAAGAAUACAUUGUCAGCGAUGUCGAUCCAUUCCAUCCGUUUGCUCUUCAUUGUUUUAGUGACACACUCAACCAGUGGAUAUCCGAACAGUAGUAUCCCUUUGGAGUGGUCAAACAUUUGUCAAUCCGCCAUUAACCUUUCAAACGUAGUCAUUUCCUGUCACGUGGGUGUUGACGAUACAUGGGAUUUAGAUCACUUCCGGAACUGGUCAGCCAUAUUGGAUAAUGACACCCUUGUGUCUCUGGAUGUAAUGUGUGAAACUAGAGCCAGUAUCUGUCUCCCCUGGCCGUACCGAGCCAGACAUCUGGACACUCUGAAGAUCAGGAAUUGCAUCAACACGUGCUAUUUCUCAUACUUCAACCGACCGGAAGUGCUGGAUAUCCCUGACUCCCUGAGGGUGUUUGAAGGAUAUGGUAUGACGGAACAGUUUAACGCUAUGGAUAUGUUGUCUGUCGACCUGAAGAGUCUCCCUCCUGCAUUGGAGUGUGGACCGAUGUCCUUAGAGGUAUUCAUCUACAGGAACACCAAGGCUGACAUAAUUUACCCCAAAGGUUUUGUGCCGAAAGGGGAGGACGAGGUUACUGACAAUAUCGUACAAACAGCGCGGGAUAUAAACAAACUUAAACACGUGUGUAACUAUAGAAAUAUGAAGGUCUAUGACGCGAGUCAGAGACAAGACUCAUCGUCUGUAGGUAUAUACGCCACUUUCAUCAACUCUCGCUUCCCCAACCUGACAACACUAAACUACUCUUCCACGGAGAUACAGGCGUUCCCUUCUAUUUUAUUAUCAUGGAAAGGACGCAUUGAAAAACUACAAAUUUUGGAUCUGUCCCAUAAUAACAUCUCCCGUUUUGACCUCAGAGUUCAAAGUUUUGAGGCACCAAUCAGAGUUAUCAACUUAACGUACAACUCCAUUCAAACAAUAAAAGAGGCCGAGAUCGGAUCGUUUCAGUCUUCCGUUGCACAAGUUGUGGACGUGAGACAAAAUCCCCUGAGAUGCGACUGCGCUAUGGCCGACUUCAGUAACUUUCUCAGAAGACAUCCGACGCCAAAAGACGCAGGUCUUAGUCUUGACUACGAAUAUCUUUGGGAUCUCACGUGCGUUGAUCCAGUCAGUAAAAGAGGAAAACAAAUUAGUCAAUUCUCAAAGAAAGCGCUUUGCAACCUUGAUGUCGUGAAUGUGGCGUCCUACCAAGCCUUCGUCGCUGUUUUAGCUGUUGUUGUUGUCAUUUUGGUCGCCUUACUCAUAUUAAGCAUCCUUUACAGAGAUAAUGUUAAAUUGCUCAUCUCCCGAAGCUGCCGAAUCCUGUGUGGCCGGUCCCCCAUCAACGAACAAAACAUCAAUGAUGGACGACACAAAGACGAAUCCUCAAAAUCUACCCAGGAGAAACUUUAGAAAAUAUCGAUAUAUUUUGAGUGAGUGAGUUAGUAUGGUUUUACUCCGCUUAAUGCAAUAUUCCAGCAAUUUAACGCAGGGGACACCGGAAAAUUGGCUUCACACAUUGAACCCAUGUGGGGAAUCAAACCCGGGUCUUCGGCAUGACGAGCCAAUGCUUUAACCACGCGCCCAAUAUAUGUUCAAUGCUUAUAGGUGUGAGCACACAUCUACUAUUCACUGGAAUAGUUGAAACUAUUUGUAAGCUUCGUAUAUUCACUGUUGUAACAAGAGGAAAUAUUCAGUUAAAACACACACUGUUAGCUCCUGAGACUUAAACUGCCGGGGAAAAGAAAGUAUACACUUGAAAAUGGAUUGUUUAAAGAAUUACAAAUGUUGUGAAACAUUACUAGGCCUAAGACAGUCGCCGAAUUACUGCAAACCUACGGUCCAAAACACAACAAUGAUACCAUUAAUCUUAUCAAAUGCAUCAGCGUCGAAUAACCAUUUCUCUUUUAUUUCAUCUUAGCCAACAUCAAACAUAUGCAUGGUGUAAACUUUCUUUUGUCACGCAGUUUUAUUCAGACUGAUUAUAGGAUAUGUCAGGUAUGAAAAACAGCUGUACAUUUUCUGUGUUUUAUAUUUUAUGUGUCAUUUAAUUGGUGUUUUGAUGGUGUGUGUGGGAAGGGUUGUGGGGUGUGGCAGGAAUGUGUUGCUAUAAUUCUCUCUGAAUUAACUUCGUCUCCUGAAAUGGCUUUUUCAUACUGUUGGGGCCCAAAUAUUGGGGUCUUCUUUUUCUUAGCAAAUUGGGAAAUCUAAAUUCUAAAAUCGAUCCUAUCAAGUCACGGAUAUUUUCAUUAGAUAUUCACAUCCAUCAAAAAAGAAACUAUCCGAAUCGUUUAACCGAUAUAUAAUAUGAUCUGCCCUAUUCGCUCAAUUUAUUUUAACUUUUCUUAUCGUUAUUUGUCUGAGAGUUUUCAGCUUCACUUUCAGCGUUAAUCGAGAGCGUUCGGGAAUGCGCUAAUCUACCUACACCAAAUGGUUAACACAAUAAAAAGUAUUUCAACUC